UCGUGCGGGUGGUAUCGUUUUCUCGUUUUUCUCGUCGUUCCCUGUGGUGUACCGUGUUGAGCACGAAAAAGCCCGCGUAGGCGUGGUGAAGAUUCGCGCGUUGGCGCAAACGAGCCACGCGGAUUUCAGCGAGUCAGAAAUCGCGCGACACCGCUUAGGACGGCAAAGAAAUAGCGGGACGCGGACGCGGACGCGUCGUCCUCGAAAAUUGGAAUAGUCGAGGGUCGCGUUUUGCUACUCUUGGACCAGUGUCAGAUCUCGAGCUCGUCCGCGCACGGGAAAAUCCCCGGCUUGCACCGCCCCGUUCGAGGUCGUUCUCGCGGUGAAGUUCCCGCAACCGCGCGUCCUCGACUCUCUGUUUCCCUCGGGCAACGUGUCGUCGAGCCGAAUACCGAUCAAGGAACCUCGAACACCUCGGAGAGGGUAGCGAAAGUGGGGUGAUAAUAGAAUCGCGGAUAUACUGUAUCGCGUAUCUGUGAUGUGCGAGUGAGCGAUGGAGUCACCAGUCAUGUACGAUUCAGCGGCCCAUCAGGCCCAGGCCCAUGGAGCGGCCGAUCUCAAGAAGGCUCAAGUACUCAACAACAACAACAACAAUCAUCCGAGCAACAACAACAACAACAACGUCGCGGCGAACAACAACAACUCGGCGCUGCAGGUGAAUCACAAUCACAGCCAGCAGCAGACCAGCGCGGUGGUCAGCAAGGUCUCGGCGAGCAAGGCUAGCCUUCACCAACAGUACGCGGAACAUUGCGCAGCGGCCGGCGAGCUGACGGACCUGAACACGCCGGAGAUAUCGUUGGAUCUGCAACACCUGAUCGACGACAGCCACUUCAACGACGGCCUGUUGGACAUGUUGGGCGCGAACAACGGAGCCGUGAAACAUGUCAGAACGCCCGGUUACCCGCGCACCACGUUGGCCUACAUGCCGCAACCGGUACACAGCGGGGCGAGUUACCAUCAGGGCAGCAACAGCUGUAGCGACAGCAACAGCUCGAGCUCCGAGUCGCCCAGCAUCAAAGAGGAGCCCCUCGACCCGGCGGAUUAUCGUCGUCACUGCCCCCAGUAUCCACCAGGUGGAUACAGUCCGGUGACCAAUGGACCGUUCGCGAACGGCGCGCCAACCUUCACCACUCUGACGCCGUCCACGGUGCCCGGCGGUCAUCCGGGUGCGCCCGUGCACCAACCACCGCCCCGGGGCGGCCCGAUGAAGCCGGUGAUGGCGCACCAGCACCACGCCAACUCCGCGGCCGCAGCGGCCAGGAAACAGAGCAAGGCUAUCGACAAAGCCAGCGACGAGUACAGAAGACGACGCGAGAGGAACAACAUAGCGGUGAGGAAGAGCCGCGAGAAGGCGAAGGUACGAUCGCGGGAAACCGAGGAGAAGGUGAAGCUUUUGGUGAAGGACAACGACCUGCUUAAAAAGAGGAUCGAGUUGCUCACCGAGGAGCUGAACGUGCUCAGGUCCCUGUUCAGCAGCGUCGGCGUGGUGCCCGAACAGCUGCAUCGCGAGAUCUCCAGGCACCUCGAUCAGUUCCAGCAACACGCGGUAGGACCCAUGUAGCGCACGAAGUCGUCCUCGAGCGACGCGAUGGCGUCGCGUCGCGGCUAUCGUGCCUUUCUCUCGUCCACCGUCGACCUUCGUCCCUUGCCUUUCGGCCCGAUACGAUUGUGAGGGGGAUUCGAUGCGAGCGGGACUUCCGGCUUCCUGGGACCAGAUCAUCUCGCGCCUUCUCGAUACUUUCGCCAGCGUUGCAAAAGCACAGAAAAAUAGAGAGAUACGCGCGUUUAGAAAACGUCGCGGUUCGUACCGUCGACGUCACCGCGUCUUUGUCUCGUUCAACGAGUGGAGAACGCGUGGUGCACGUGCGUAGUUCGAGAGAGCUACGCGUUAGCGGAUAGUAGAAUAGACGCGGAGGCAAUGGAGAACGGUGAGAGGGCGAGGAACGAAGCCAGCGAAGGAGAAUACGAGAAGCAAGAGGCGUGACCAGCUUGUGGAAGAGAGUUCCGUUCGACGGUGGCCCCCCGGGGGAGAGCUUUCCGGCAGCUGGAGCUUAGUCGACAACUUCGCGUGGAAGAAAAGUGUGCCUAUGCUCGUGGCGAACUGUUUACACCGAGUGCACCGGACACUUUUCCCCUUUUUUUCGCCCGCACGAAAGCGGAAACGAACGAAUAGAACGGAGGCAAAUAGCUCGCGGCGUAUUCCGCGACGCGCCAGAGAGAUAGGUGAAAAAUUGACCGAGAAUGGCGGUCCGAAUUCGUUCUUCCCCCAUUUUUCGUCCCUACUAUUUUCGUAUCUACCUUUUGCAAGUACGUAAAAGACUGGGUGGUUCGCGUGCCACGUGUGUCUCGCGGGGUUCGCCACCGCCUGUUAGAUCGCGCGUAAUUCGCAACACGGUGACGCGUUACGACUCUGAACAAAUCACGCGUCGAUCUUGUACAAGCGCAUCGAUCACGCUCUCGCAGACACACGAGCACGCGUACGUGAACUAACGCAUACGCGGAUACGCGGGUACUGCGUACGCAUACGUAAGCUCGUCCGCAUAAAUCUAAGAAUUCUCUCGACGGUACACAUUUUUGAUGCAUCUUCCACCGAUCGUAUACGCGUACACGCAUAUACACACACGCGCACACUUGGGAAACGUACAAAGCGCGACGACGACGACGAUGAUGCGAUGCUCGCGUACCGUGCGUUGCGUUCAGAUUCGUUCUUAGAUAUCGAUCGAUUUAAUUAGAUUAUUGUUCUCAUUACCAAGUACCUAAAAAGAAAAAAAAAAAAAAUUAAAAGGCA